CGGCGCGGCCGAGCCGCACUCGCGCGCCGCAGCUCGCAACAGUCCCACGACCGAACGACCGACGCCCGCGCCCGGUGUCGUAUUACCGCUCUAUAAAUAUCCCGUGAUCGCGAUCGCCAAUUUAGAAACGGUCGCGCGCCGUGUUUUGAACCAGUGAUUAACAGUGCCAAGUGAAGAAUAAUACCUGAACCCACCAGUUAACGACCAUCGAUAUGGCACAGUUAAUCACUGUGCGUCUCAACAAAUCCGACCAGCAGCCGCUAGGCUUCCGGCUACAGGGGGGAAAGGACUUCGGCACACCUCUCGUUGUUCAAAAGGUUAACGGCGGCAGCGCGGCAGAGCGUGCUGGUCUUCAAGCUGGCGACGCACUCAUCCGAGUCAACAACACAGAUGUGUACACACUGCGUCACCAAGAGGCACAGGACACCAUCCGUGGUGCUGGUACCGCCCUUGAGCUGACUGUGCAACGCGGCGGCAGCACUUGGCGCCCAUCAGUGACCCCGACUGGCAGCCUGCCACGUCCCGGAUCCAGGCCGUUGGGUGCGGCUCCUAUACCCGUUACCAACACCUCGCUGAAGGCCACGCCGCAGCCAUCCCGAGCCUUCGGCUCUGGACAUAACAAUGUCGCCAAACCCUUCGGCUAUAUGAACGGCAGUGACUCAGUGAAGAGUAUAGUGAACAAGCAAUACAAUACACCGGUGAAUAUGUACAGUGACAAAACAAUCGCGGAGACCCUGUCUGCGCAGACCGAGGUGUUGGCUGGAGGUGUGCUUGGUGUGAACUUCAAGAAAAAUGAGAAAACAUACGAUGCAGAAAAGAGCGCUGUGUUUAAAGUGUUGCAAGAGGAGCAAAACGACCCUGAACCAGAGCCGUCUCACUUUUACUCACGAGCGAGCGUGGCGCGGGCGGGUACACCGUGCAGCCUGCACCGAACUCACCGGUCGCGGUCGCGCACGCCGCGCGUGGCGGGCACCCCGCGGCCCGCGUCGCCCCCGCGGCCCCCGCAGCCCCCGCGCGCCACCACCGGCACCCAGACGCCCGUGCCGGCCCCAGAGCCGCCGCAGCCUACAAUCCCCGUGGGCUGCCACCAGGUGCUAGCUGACGGCAGCGUGGCGCUGGGUGCGCCCGCCGCUUCGCAGCCUCACCACGACUCGCUGCCGGUCAUCAAUGAUACGCCCUAUUGCUCCGACUGUAACCGCUACAUUAUCGGUGUGUUCGUGCGCAUCAAGGACAAGAACUUGCACGUGGAAUGUUUCAAAUGUUCUACAUGUGGCACGUCACUUAAGAACCAGGGUUACUACAACUUGAAUGGAAAAUUAUACUGCGACAUACACGCCAAGCUCGUUGCUCGCCAGAAUCCACCGGCUCCAAACCUAGAGCCCGUUACUGUACCACCUGGUGGCCGUAUCCCCACAAAUACAUAUUCGACUCCACUACCACCAUUGGCUACAAACAACUAUAUAAAUGGAUCAUCGUCGCUGUUCAGCCCGAAUAGUAACAUCUCGGGUCCGAAACCUUUCGGUUCCUCUAUCGGAUCAGCGUACUCUCCGUCAUUGUCGCCGCGAUCUGCGCCGCUGUCGCCUGCGCGGCCUCUGGUGGCCCCCGCCCCCGCCUUGGCGCCUGCGCCUGCUCUGAUUACCGCACCAGCGCCUGCGCCCUUCGCGCCUACUCAAAAUGUGAAAAGCAUAGUGUGGCCCCCAUCAAAUCCCCCUACAGACGAAAUGCCCCAACUCGAUAGCAGAGAAUCAAAAUCAACAAUUGUCGUCGAUGAAAGUACUGUACAUACUAUGCAAAAAGAGAAACAACUAGAAAAAAGUAAUACCAAAUCUCAAGAAGAUUACAUCAAUCAAAAGGAUGCACAACAAAUAUUGUCGUCUUCUAAACAAUGCUCUGAAAUCUCUUCCAGUGUAUCUUAUGCGUCCGCAACUUUAUCAACGGCUACAACUACAUCAUCGCAGUCACAGUCAUUAAUUCAAAGUAAACAAUCAAACGAAAUUCAUAAAAGUACCAGCUGUGUCGUACAAUCUUUCUCGGAAAAAACGUCCUCCGAGAAGCAAAGUUUGAAUAUUUAUCAAUCAAAAACAAGUCCUCCAGUUGAAAAAUUAAAUGAUACUAUAGAAAAAUCAGAAAUACUUAUUACAAAACAAUCAGAAGUAGAUUUUCACAACAAUGACUCUAACGUUCCAGAAAAAAAAUUAGAAGUAAUAUCAAAUGCAACUAAAAUACAACAUAAUAAUUCAGACGAAAAUAAACAAACGCCCUCAAAGAAUAUUGAAAAUGAAGAACUUAUUCAGAAAUCUAAUAAUGAUGAGUUAUCUUAUCAAAAUAUGUCUACAAUAUCAAUUUCUGAUAAAAAAAAUGAAAUUAGUGACACUGUUGUUACUUCAAUAAAAUCACCCACACACAGUACUAUAGAGAGUUCAGGUCCAAUAAGGUCUAUGAGGGAUGCUUUAACGACUGCACCAGAUCGUCCUUAUUCACCUUUGCCGUCUUCACAACCUAUAAAUCCCAAUACUCAGAUAAGUAAUGAACUUGAAAUUGAAACUUCAGUUAAUAAAAUUCCAGAAAUAUCGAAUGUAUCAUUACAACCAACCUCACAACCAUCGCCAAUAUUUGUUCAACAAUCUAACCGGGGUAUUUCACCUAUUCCACCAAUUAAAACAUACACUCCACCAGAUACAAAACAAGUUCCAAUACCAAUGCCUGAAGAAACUAAACCAUAUAUUCCACCAGAUUUUAAAAUUAAUAUUGAGCCAAAAGUGCCACGGGAAGAGACAUCAUCUCCAAUGGUAGAAGCAUUAACAACAGCUCCGAGUCGAUCAUUUACUCCUGUACAAAUUCCAAUAAUACAAAGAGGCUCUUUAAGAGACGCACUUACAAUUGCUCCAGAUCAACCUUAUAAUUCUCUCAGUAUAAAAAACCAAUCAACUAGUUUCACAUCUACGUCAUCUACAAUACAAUCUACAACAUCAGAUAUAUUAAAACCGAUUGCGACACAAUCAUCGAAUAGUCAGACUCUUUCAGAAUUUUCAAAUUCUAUACAAAAUACAUGUCAAUUGCAAACAUCAACUAAUAUGUCCGCAUUUAGGCCAGUUGCAAAACAAGUUUUCCCUCCACUACAACCCGAAGAAUUCUGUCAACUUUCCAAUUUUCCACCUAUUAGUGAUGACCUAAAAUCCAGUUUUCAACAAUCCGUUCAUUCAAAACAGGAAACUAUGAUAUCCGAAACUAUGCAACACUCUGCUAUUACAACAAGUAGCAUUAGUACUCAAGGUUUCUCGUCAAUAAAAAAUGCUCAAAGCUAUUUUGAGCAAUUGAAUCAAAAGGAAUCAUUAUCAUCAACAAAUAUAAGAUCAAAAUCUGGUUUACAUAAAGCAGACGAUAUCCCAUCUUAUCAGAGAAACUUUGAGAAAUUGCCUUCUCAAAGAGGAAUUACUCCAGAAAUAUGUACUGCACCAGCAAUCCCUCAAAGACCUGUCACCCCAUUAACCGAUGCGCCCAACAAGUUGAGGGAGAAAUCCCAAGAACCCAAACAAAUAACAAGCAUCGUAUCACCUCAACCACAAAUUCCUAAAUAUCAUCAAUUAAGAACACCCGUUCAACAAACUCCUAAUCAAUUCCAUAAAGACACUCCUAUUAGUAUGACUUUCCAACCUGUGACAGAUGAAAAUCUGUUGAGAAUAUCCCCUGCACGAAGUCGACCCACUACACCUAGUUUGAUAAAUAAACCAGCUCCUAUAAUACCUCAUUACCAAAUGAAUUUGGUAACAGUGGAAUACUCCGCACCGGAAAGUCAUUUAUAUGAGCCGUCGAGCCGUGAAGCAAGUCGUUCUCCGACACCAAAACCAAGAUCUCGUUCUCCAGCACAUGGACCUCCACCAAAUCCUUUAAAAGCCCAAGCACCGCGACUUAAAGAAACUACACCACAACGCCAUUCAGCACAUUCCCUUUUGACACAAGCCACUUCAAAUUUACGAAAAGAAAAUGAAUUGACCCAAAAAGAGAUUAAAAGAUAUACAGAUACGUCAAAUCCAACUCAAACUUGGGCAAAUGAUCAACCGUCAAUAACUAAGGAAGAGAAGUAUUCAAAUUUUGGGUACAACAGUGAACAUUAUAAUAAGGGGGAUUUCAAUAUAAAAGAAGAUUCAAUGCUCAAUCAAAACUAUGGACAAAAACACACACAAUCGCAUAAUGUAUCAGAAUAUGGAAAUAAGACAGUACAGACGACAAGAAAAACUUUCGAAGAAUUUGAAAGGACACAAUCUGCUAAAGUUAUAGAAAUACGAAAAGGGGCCUCGUCUUCAUCAGAAAUGCAUCAACAGAUUGAAUCUAACAUUCGCCCAUCUAAUGUUAAACAAGUUUUUCCACCACCUGUCAUGAGUAUACCAACGAUCCAACAGAACUCAUCUGCUAACCUUACUAAUGAAAGUGUCGUAACUGCAAGUAGAUCAAUAGAAAAUUACCAGCCAAAGCCUUCGAUUUCUGGUGCUAACCAAGGUCCAGUGUGUGAUCCUACCCCGUCAACAGGUUCCAGUGUAGGAGCUGCUGCCCGUGGCAAAACUUUUGGUGUAUCCUCUGCUCCAAAACGAGGAAGGGGAAUUUUGAAUAAAGCAGCGGUACCUGGCUCUCGGGUGCCCCUUUGCGCUUCCUGCAAUGGGAAUAUUAGAGGACCAUUUAUAACGGCUUUGGGGCGUAUUUGGUGUCCUGAGCAUUUCGUUUGCGUGAAUGCUACAUGCCGACGUCAUCUGCAAGAUAUUGGUUUUGUUGAGGAGAAUGGUCAACUUUAUUGUGAAUACUGUUUCGAACAAUACAUCGCACCGGCAUGUGAUAAAUGUCACGCCAAAAUUAAGGGUGAUUGUCUAAAUGCUAUUGGGAAACAUUUCCAUCCAGAAUGUUUCAAUUGCGUCUAUUGUGGAAAAUUAUUUGGUAACAAUCCGUUCUUCUUAGAAGAUGGAUUGCCUUAUUGUGAAGCAGAUUGGAAUGAGCUGUUUACAACUAAAUGUUUCGCCUGCGGGUUCCCUGUGGAGGCAGGCGACAGGUGGGUCGAGGCGCUCAACAAUAACUACCACAGUCAGUGCUUCAACUGCACGGUGUGCAAAAAGAACCUCGAAGGACAGAGUUUCUUCGCCAAGGGAGGUAGACCUUUCUGUAAAACUCACGCCCGCUAGAAGUCCACAUCAUAUUAUGUACAACUCGGACACUGUUUACUCCACUACUACUUUCCGUCCUGUUUCUCCUUCUCCUGUGGUAUUCGAACCAGUCGAAACACCUUCUCCACAAAGAACAAGAAAGUUGGAAACACCCCUCCACUUUGAUGGAGGAUUGUUUUCCGAUAUAAAGAGUAAAGAUGGCAAGCUACUGAGCACUGUUACCGUCGAUCGAGUUCAUAGCUCGACGCGUCGUGAUGUCACAGACUCGCCUAACUCGUAUCAGAACAUCGCAUCAAAUGGAACAAGGGACUAUGUAGACGAUAUUAUCAAAACAGAGACAAUCACAAAUCAAGAUGUUAUCAAAGUUAAAUUUACUCCAGUACCACAAGAAUUGGACUCUCCACGUUUGCUAACACCUUCACAGUUUCAAACAAAUCGUACCACAACGCCUAUAAAUUACAUUAAGGAUAAUUAUGAAGACUUACAAAGUUACAAAAUUGUUAAUUCUCUAUGUAUGGAAAAGGACCUAGAUGCUGAGGUAUCGAGUAGUAUUAAGAGUGUAGAUAACUUAACAGUUACUAAACCUCACAAGAGGGCAUUCAGUCCACUGGCGAACAUAGAAAUAUCUGAACAAUUAACAAAGAUAGACAGUUAUUUGCAAGAUAGUUUGAAUGUAUGCACCAUUAGCGAAACUAUGGGCCAUACUACUCCUGUGCUAAGGCUUACGCCCGUGUCAAUACAGACAGAGGGAGAAACAGAAAGGUCUGAAACAAAAAGUAAUUAUCAUAAAGAAAAUCAGUAUUUCGUAGAGAAAUGUGUAAGUAAUAUUUCUAACAGUUACCAUGAGGUAGAGAACAAAGAAGGUAAUCAAAAAGAAUAUACACCACAACUGGACCUAGUACAAGAUAAGCGUCAAGUUCUCACUGAUUCUACUGAUGUUGGAAAUAUUACAGAAAAUAUAUCAAAAUCACACAGUGUCAAUAAAAAACAUCAGGGAGUUUUUAGUGCUGUCUAUAAUAUGCCGAUACAUUAUCAUGCAGCAAUUUUAUGUUUUAUAUUAAUUGUAUAUAAUCUUAUUUAUCAGUAUAUUAAGCAAAAUUGCCUUAAUAAUAACAGUAAAUAAAUUAAUUACUUAUGGUAUUUCAUAUACCUACGUAUAUCUGUUUUAAAAACACGAGAAAUAAAAAAAUCGUGAAUUUUAUGUACUAUAACGAACUAGUCAUUGGUUGGGAUAUAAUGAAUAUGACACAAUAAUAAUAAAUAAUGUAUUGAUGUUGUGGGAGAUCGUAUGUUAAAAUAAAAGAAGAUGUAAAUAGUCACAGGUAACAAAUUCCUCUAUUGUCGUUUGUGUAUCAAUAAUAUUUUUAUAUUAACCAUUUGGUGCUUUUCAAUACAGUAAAAUGCUCGCAAUAUUGUGAUAUUUUACAGUUUCCUCUAAUUUAAAUUUAAGGCUUUGUAUACAGCUUCCGGAAUGUUGCAGUAAACUGUUACUAACAUUAACAGUAGUUAUUAAUUCAAAUUGGAAGAAAGUAAAUGUUGUUGUCCAUGGGGGACAUAAGAAAGUAAUUGGUGCACCAAGUCUAAAAAAUGUAUUCUGUUUAAUGAUGUAACCUCUUAUAUCAAAUAGUAUAACAUUUUUUAUAACAAUUAUAUAUAUUUAAUUUGUUAUGAACCAUUCAAUGUAUUAUUUUUAGGGACUUAUUUAUACUUUUUAAUACUGAGAUAAGAUGAUGAAAAAAAUAUUGUUCCGACUCCCUAUAUUCUGUUGGUAAUAAAUUAAGAAUCAUACAUUUAUAAACUAUUUAUUUAGUCUUACGUACUCUAUAGUUUAUACACACUUAAAAAUGUGAGCUUAAAUAAAAAUAUUUUAUUUUCUAA